AUGUCGAAAAGGCCAAAGCAGCAGAAUCUUUUCUCCAACGUCGAAGACGUUAAAGCAAGAAUCACCGCAAUCCGCCACAAGAGGAAGAUAUCUCCUAAGAAACAACAUGUUAAGAAGCCUGCGAGGCCCGAGAAGCAGGCUGCCUCGCUUGCGCCAGCUGACAACCGGGAUAUCAAAGCACUGUCACGCGGACACCGGUCGAUACGUGCCAAGAAACCUCCUCAGAGCUUGCUCAGGACGGUGCUAAUCGCCAAGAACUGUAAGAACAUCGAUCUUCUGUUGGUCAGCAGAAGGAAGCGUGCUCAGAGAGAGAAUGUGGCUCAGGGCCACGAUGGCGGCGCGGCAGCGAACUCUUGA